CUCAAUUUUUGAUUUUGAAAAAAAAUUUUUCUACUAGAAACAUUUUAAUCUAGGACUAGAUUCAAAGUCUAGGUCUAACCGAGAUUUUAGAUGUAGUUAAAUCAAGAAUUGUUGUUUGUGGACAUUGCUAGUCUGGCUACCCUAUCGUGAGGUUCCGAUAACAGUUACCCGAUAACCGAUAGCACAACCUUGAUACAUUAGCUGCCAUCCCCAUCUCUCUCGGUUGUUUUUUUGCGUUUUUGCAUAACAAAAUCUCUGAAAUUCGCCAGAAACGAUCACCAUUGCGGGCACAGUGACUAGGAGACCACGAGAGGCACAUCCCACUCGCAGGGCAGUCGGAAUGGGACAGUACACGGCGUCACAGCGCAAGAAUGUGCGGAUACUGCUCGUGGGUGACGCCGGGGUGGGCAAGACAUCGCUGAUUCUUUCGUUGGUCAGCGAGGAGUAUCCCGAGGAGGUGCCGCCUCGCGCCGAAGAGAUCACCAUUCCGGCAAACGUCACGCCGGAGCAGGUGCCCACCAGCAUCGUCGAUUUUUCGAGUGUGGAGCAGUCGGAGGAUGCCCUAGCGGUCGAGAUCAAUAAGGCGCACGUGGUUUGCAUUGUGUAUGCGGCGAACGAUGAUGACUCCUUAGACCGGAUCACCUCGCACUGGCUGCCGCUUAUACGCGCCAAAUGCAAUCCCUCCUUGAACGGCGAGGGAGACACUGAAGCAGAGGCAGAGGCUGAGGGGGACACUGAACGGGAGCCCGUGCGGAAGCCCAUUGUCCUGGUUGGAAACAAGGUUGAUUUGAUCGAGUAUUCCACCAUGGACAGCGUUCUGGCCAUCAUGGAAGACUACCCCGAGAUUGAAAGCUGCGUAGAGUGCUCGGCCAAGACGCUGCACAACAUCUCGGAGAUGUUCUACUACGCCCAGAAGGCCGUGCUGCACCCGACUUCGCCGCUCUACGUGAUGGAUGAACAGGAGCUAACUCCGGCCUGCAAGAAGUCGUUGGUGCGCAUCUUUAAAAUCUGCGACAUAGAUGGCGACAAUCUGCUGAACGACUACGAGUUAAAUCUGUUCCAAAGGCGCUGCUUCAACACGCCUUUGCAACCACAGAUCCUCGACGAGGUGAAGGCCGUAAUACAGAAGAAUGUGCCCGAUGGCAUCUACAACGACGCGGUCACAUUGAAGGGCUUCCUCUUCCUGCACUGUCUGUUCAUCCAGCGGGGAAGGAACGAGACCACCUGGGCUGUGUUGCGACGAUUUGGCUACAAUGACCAGUUGGAGAUGUGCCAGGAGUAUUUGCGGCCCCCCUUGAAAAUUCCACCUGGCAGCAGUACGGAGCUGUCGCACCGGGGGCAGCAGUUCCUCAUUGCCGUGUUCGAGCGAUACGAUCGCGAUGGAGAUGGGGCCUUGUCGCCCGAGGAACACAAGAUGCUGUUCAGCACAUGCCCGGCAUCGCCUUGGUCCUACUCCACGGAUAUACGCAAGUCCUGCCCCAUCAAUGAGAACACCGGUUGGGUGACCCUGCACGGUUGGCUCUGCCGCUGGACCCUAAUGACGCUUAUCGAUGUGGUGAAGACCAUGGAGUAUUUGGCUUACCUGGGCUUCAAUGUCCAUGAGAAUGACAGCCAGUUGGCUGCCAUACACGUGACCCGGGAGCGUCGCAUCGAUUUGGCCAAGCGCCAGAGCAGCAGGUCCGUGUACAAGUGUCAUGUGAUUGGACCCAAGGGAUCCGGAAAGACGGGCCUGUGUCGGGGCUUUCUGGUCGAGGAAAUGCACAAGCUAAUCGGCAAGGAGUUCAAAACCAAUGUGGUACACUGCAUCAAUUCAGUUCAAGUGUAUGGCCAAGAAAAACAUCUCAUCCUGCGCGACAUUGACGUUCGGCACGCCCUCGAUCCCCUCCAGCCCCAAGAAGUCAACUGCGAUGUGGCCUGCUUGGUCUUCGACUCCUCCAAUCCCCGCUCCUUCGAGUACGUGGCUCGAAUCUACAUUAAAUACUAUGCGGAGAGCAAAAUUCCGGUCAUGAUAGUGGGCACCAAGUGCGACAUGGACGAACGCCGGCAAGACUAUCUGAUGCAGCCGUCGGAGUUCUGUGAGAAGUACAAGCUACUGCCUCCACACCUCUUCAGUCUGAAGACCAACAAAAAAGAACUGUAUACCAAGUUGGCGACCAUGGCCGCUUUUCCGCGAUUCCAGGCCGCCUGGAUACUGUUCUACAAGCACAGGUUGGUACAGCUGUGGGAAUCAGCCCACUUGAGGCAAUUCGGCCUCAUGACAGACGAUCCCAGGCUGUGGUGGAAGGCUGGACUGGGCGUAGCAGCGGCCACAAUGCUGGGAUUUCUUGUGCUAAAGACCAUCAGUUCGGUUAGUGGGCACUCCCGCUAGAAGGAUAAACUGCAGUUACACGUUAAUGUUUAUUAAAUUUAUGUAACUUAUUGAUUACCAUUUUGCUUGCUACUGUAAAUCCAAAUUUAUUGUUACGAAACGCUAAGCAAACAAUGAAAAUGGGGGACGCAUGCCGAUGUUCUCAUAUUCCAGACAUGUAAA